GUCUCUUUUCUGUGCUCGUUGACUGUGAACGAGCGGAAGUUACAUUGCGACGACAAUUGAACAACAGAAGACAAGACCAGACGUCAGUGACGAUGGAGGAGUACAACUCUGGAGAAGAGGUCGUCUUCAAUGCCGAUGAGGCCAGUGUCUCAGUUAAAGAGUGUAUCGAAGGUGUCAUCGGUGGAACAGAUUAUAAUCAGGGUAAAGUGAACCAGUGGACGGCCAGUAUAGUGGAGCAUUCUCUGACGCUCCUGGUGAAACAGGGACGGACGUUCAAAUACAUAGUAAACUGUACCAUCAUGCAGAAGAGCGGUGCUGGUCUCCACACAGCCAACUCCUGCUACUGGGACACGGCCACUGACGGAAGCUGCACAGUCCGAUGGGAGAAUCGCACCAUGUACUGUGUGGUUAGCAUUUUUGCUGUGGCGCUGUGAAAGCGGCUGUUCUGCUUUGUUCGUGACUGAAGCUGCACUUUAAAUGGCAUCGUGACCCAAGAAGCCACAAAGAUCCUCUGGUGGAAAGUGGAUGUGGAAGGAGCUUAUUUCCUCCCAUUUCAUUUGUGAGUCUAUGGCCUGCGUUUUGAGUCUUGAAAAUGAAACGCUAAAUAUUAUGAUCCGUCUACAAAUUGUUCCACGACUUUGUAAUCUGGAUUUGUUCUUAUCCUUCGUUACGCUCCCUAAAAUAAACAGGGAAUAACUGUUGCUAUAGAGGAAACGUGGUUUGUGUUAGAUACUGGACAACUCAUGUAAAGUGUUUUGUAUUAGUCUGCACUAUUAUUGUUACUAUUCAUGUUGGUCUGUAGCUGUGCAGAUAAGAGUGAGUGUAUUUCCAGGAUGGAGUCGUUGACUGGUCCAUCUCAAAAACUGAGGCACUUUUUCUAGUCUUUUUCCCUCCAAAAGGAAUCCCAGAUUUUACCAGUUAACUGUUAUGAGUUCAUUGAAGCUGUUUUAUGAAUUAAAUUGUCUGAACAUGUACUGUGGAGUCAUUAAAUGUAUUUAACAAACUGUA